AAGCGUUGAAGCCAAAAGAGAAGAUUGUUGACAAGAAGACGGAAAAAGCAAUUGAGAAGUCUGAAGAGACUGGAAGGUUGGAUUUAGGAAAACGUCCCGAAAAUGAGUUUGCUAAUGUGUCCCUAGUCUGCGUGAUUUCAGAUUCUACCGUAGCUUCGAUUCAUUUAGCAAAGAAGCCAGAAGUGGAGCAACCAAAAGAUGAAACUGAUAAUAAGAAAGCGUUGAAGCCAAAAGAAGGUAAGAAGGCGGAAAAAGCAAUUGAAAAGUCUGAGGAGAUUAAGGAAACGAGAGUUUCGUUGUGCGUUGAAAAAUCUCCAGAGCAUGGCUUUGCCGAUACAAUGCCCACAUCUGCUGGUUUUUGUUGCUGUAGUCUUUUUGUUGAACUUCCUAAAUUUCGAAAAUCUGUUAAAAGUUGGAAGGAAAAAAUGGAAAGGCCUGAAGAAUUGGGUAUGCUGAAAACAAAGCAUUCGGAAGAAAUUCCCGUUGAGACGGUUUCUAUUAGCUUUGAGUUCACGAAACAGAGAACUCAAAAAAUUGGUGUUGGUACUAUUUUUAAUUCUGAGCGUCCGACGGAACAAAUUGAACUCGCAGAAGAAAUAAUACGACCUAGUCCACGUGGUGAAACUGUUCAGAUUUUUGCGCUUGCUAGGAAAUGCUCUACGUGUACGUCAUUCUGUAUUGGUAGGGAAAUUGAAGAUGAAAAUUUCACCGUUGAUUACGAUGAAACAGUAUCCGAAAUGUCGAGAAGACGAUCGAAGGAACGUUCGACAUCUGUAGUAGCUGAUAUUGAAGUGGAUGCUGGUGAAGAAAUGGCAACAACAGAUGCAAUUGUAGAUGUAUUGACAAGUUUCGAAGAAAGUGAACUAGCUUUAAAUGAAUUAGCAUCAAAUAUUCUUGAUGUUGACGUUACUUUAGAUGGUUUGAUGGAAGAAGAGUCUAUUGAAGCUAUUGGCCCCGUCUUCCAUAGUCAGAUUGCCUCACUGGUAGUUCAAAUGUCACCCGCAAUUGUCGCCAUCUCACGCCUCAUUGAAGAAGUUAAAAUGCUUGCCGAAAAUGCAGAAACUGAAAUUUUGAUAUCUAUAGCAAGCAAAACUGAAAUGCAACAACUCAAUCUUAAAUUACCGAAAGCUAAGCGCAAAUCAAUCGUAACUGAUCAGAAAAUAGAAAGUGUGGGAAAAGAAUCGCAAGAUAUUGAAGAGGUUACACUUUUUCUCUUCUCAACUGCCGGAAAGAAGGAGAAAUCUGAAAAAGGAAUGGAGAAAAGAAAGAAAAAGGUGCCAAAAGCGCUUGUCAUUCCUGCAGAAAUAAGCUCAAAAUAUGGUGAUAAGAGUACGCUUAUAUCCGAGACGAUUAUAACAACAGAGAUUGCAAUGAAUGGAGAAACGGCAGAAGUUGAAACAUCACCAAAGAAGUCUCUUUCCGCUUCUGUUGCAAUGAAAGUGGAUUCUGCGAAGAGUCGUAAAUCCGUCAGUCAUCGAACAUGUUCUGCAGAAAAUUUCACAUUCAAGAAUAUUGAAAAAGAAGCGGGAAUGGAAGUAGCUGAAGAGAGUGUAAGAAUAUCAAAAAAGCGAACUGGUUUACCACCGCUUCCCAAAACAAAAGAAGUGGAAGUUGAGCUAGUUUUUGAACAGAAAGAAUACCAAGAAAAUGCCGAGAAUAUUUUCCCUGUUACAUUCAUUAAAGAAGAACUUGUAAUAACUGUACAAGGAACAGCAAAGAGUGAAAAGAAAAAAGUGGAAAAAGCUGGAAAAGAUUUGGAAGAAGAAAAAAUUGAAUUAACACCAAUUGCCAAAGAUAGUGAAAAGCAAGAAGCUUACGAACAUGCUCGAAAGAAACGUACUGGAUUUAUUCAGGCACCUGAUAAAGAAAUUAUUGCAUUCCGUGGUGAUACUAUUAAAAUCGAAUGCGAGCUGGUAAAUAAUGAUGAUUUCAUAUGGCUCAUUAAUAAUAAACCUGCAAGUGAAGAUUCAAGAUGUAUUGAGGAAGUCAGUUCAUUGAUAAGAACACUAACAAUGAUGGAUAUUACACCAAAUGAUAAUGAAACGAUCGUCGUUGCAAAAGUAGGCGAUAUUGUCGCAGAAACGAUUAUUUUUGUAGAAGAUACACCAGCAGAGAUUAUUGAGCUGUUACCACGUCGUACUUUUGGCAAAUGCGGUGAAGAUGUAACACUUGCUGUAUCUGUCACUCAUCCAGCACAUUCCAUUAUUUGGGAAUGCAAGGGUGAGAAAGUGUCGCAAGAUGAUGAAAAUUAUGUGAUCACUCAGCAAGGAAACAUUUACACAUUAACGAUCAAAAAUGCUACAUACGAUGAUGCUGGACGUUAUUCCAUAAAGGUGGAUUCAUUAGAAACUUCCACAAUGCUAAUAAUGCAAGGAGCACCUAUUAUUGCGAAACAACCGGAACCGGAAAGUGUUAAUUUCGAAGCACAUGAAAAUCUCCUUCUCAAUAUACCAUAUAAAGCGGUACCGGAACCAUCGGUUUCUUGCUUCUUUAACAAUGAACCAUUAUUAGUUGGAGCAAAAUUGAAACUUGAGAUUAUCAAUGAUAUGGUACAAUUUUGCAAACGGAAAACUAAUAAAAAUGAUUCUGGUGAAUAUACAUUUAAGAUCAGCAAUGAAUUUGGUGAAGCUGUCAAAACUUUCACUAUUAAUGUUAAAGAUAUAUCCGGUGUUCCUGAGAAUCCACGAAUUGUAGAUGUUUCUCGUGACACAGCAAGUGUAGAGUGGGAUGCUCCAAAAGAUGACGGUGGUAGCAAAAUUAUCGGUUAUAUCGUUGAGAAGAAAGAAAUCGGUCGUCGAACAUUCCAUCAUGUUAUUCAGGUAACAGAUGACAAAACGAAUUGUCUGAUUGAAGACCUUGAUGCGGACACCGAAUAUAGUUUCCGCGUUGCUGCUAUUAACAAGUAUGGCACUGGUGAAUUUGCUGAGUUUCCUCUCGUACAUACUAACGCGAUACCAGAAGAAUCCAUGGAAAAAAUACCACAGGAAGAAAUGGAGCUAGAGAAAAUUCAGGAAAAAAUGGAUGAGGAACAGGAAUUAACUGAACUCAAGAAAGCUAUAAAGGAUGAUGAAUCGAAAACAAAUGAACAACUUGAAGAGGAAAUGAAACAGGUAGUUAAUGAAGAAAUAACUGUAGAAGAUAUUUCACAGGCAGAACUAGCAAAAGAAAAGAAGAUUGAAAUGACGGAUUUCAAGGAAGGUGUUGAGACCGCCAAAGAUCUUGAACAACAUGAUGGGUCCGAACUUGAAGUUGAAGUAGAAAAAGCGGAAGAAGCAUUGGUUAAAAUUAAAAGUCCUGAAGAAAAAGUGAAGGAUGAAGUUCCUGAGAUGGAUAAGAAAGUCGGAAUGUCAGAUACUGUUGGAGCUGAGAAACGAAAGUUGAAGAAAAUAAAAACAAAGAACAUUAAGAAAGAAGGAAAGUCUUCUGAAGAAAUAAUUCCGAUAAUACAGCAGAAAUCUGUCGACGGAGUUGAAAGUGACAAAACUUUAGAGAUAGGAAAGGAAAUUAUUGACGAUAAGGCUGCACAUAUUGAAGAACAGAACAAUGAUGACGGGAUUCCUUUGGAGAAAGAAAAAGCAAUUAGUGAAGAAAUAAAUGAAUUGAGCAAAAAUAAAUCAAAAAGAAAAGGGAAGCACGCAAAAGAUACAAUUGCAUCAGGUAUUGAAGAAGAGAAAUUUGGAGAAAAACCUGACAAAAAAGUUUCACAUGAAGAAAAGAAGCCUACAGAAGCAGCUACAGAAUUCGAGGUGAAAGAAAACUUUGAAAUAGAACGGGAGAAAGGAAAAGAAGUCGACUUUGGUGAAGUUUUGGAGACUGUGAAACUUGUUGAAAAAGUUGAAGAAGUUGCAUUAGAAGAAGAGCCAAUAAUUAAAGAAAAUAAAGAAAUUAAAAAGAAGAAAUCGAGCAAAGAAAAGAAGGAGAAAACUGUCGCCAAGAAAGCUGUCGCUGAGAUCGCAGAUGAAAAUCUUGAUGUAGAGCUUCAGAAACAAGAUAUUACUAUAGAGGAAAUUAAAACAUCUGAAAAAGUGAAGAUCGAAAUAGAAAAAGAAAUUAAAAAAGAUGAUCUCGAGGAAAAAUCUAUAGUGGAUAAGUCAAAAGUUAAGAAGAAACAGCGUGCGGAGCAUAAGGAAAAAACCGACAAGAUAGUCAGCGUUGACAUGUUCUUCAAAAACACUUCAAACAUCGAUAAUAUUGAUAAAGUUAUUUCAACUUUGGGAAAUAAAGAAGUAAUUUCUACCACUGUGAAAGCGACUUCGAAAAUGAAGAAAUCAAAAAUGCAUGUGGCAGAAGCACAGCCAGAAAAGACUGAGAUUGAAAAACUGGAAGCAAAGUUGGAGGAGAUAAAUGAGAAAGUUGAGAGACCGAAACCUGAACAAGUCGAAGAAGACGUGUCCAAACGGUCACACUUGGAGCAAGAAGCUGAAGAACGAAAGACUGUGGAAGAUAAAGAAGGAAAACCAAAAAAGAAGGUUGCCGGCAAAAAGGUCGUUAAGAAAGCAUUGCAGAAGCCUAAAACUGAAGAUGAAACGGCAAAGAAAAGUGUGGAGGAGGAAGAUGUAAAGCAGAUUGAGAAUGAAACCCCUGACAUGCACAUGGAGAAGAAGCAUGUAGAAGAGGAAAAAGUGAACAAAGAGAAAGAAAUUGAAAAACUAGAUGGCAGUUCUAGUGUUGACGUAACCGUUAAUAUACCAGGGGUUCCGAUAAGUGAAGUACUGGAACCGGAUGAUAUUACCGGAACAUUAACAUUGCCACGCACGGAUGAAACAUCAACUGCACGACGAAUGCAUAAACGUCCAAGUGGGUUUGCCCUACCUCCAGAGCAAGAAAUUCUGGCCUUCCGAAAUGAUACGGUUAAAAUUGAGUGUGAAGUUUUUAAUGAAGAAGAUAAGAUUAAUUGGACAAUUAACGGGAAGCCAGCUACGGAUGACAAACGAUGUACAGAAAUUAUAGAUGGAUAUCUGAGAAUUUUGCAAAUUGAAAAUGUUAUUCCAGAAGAUAUGGAUACGAUAAUCACAGCUAACAUUCAUGAUCAUUCUGCAGAAAGUCGUUUAAUUAUUGAGGAUAUACCAGUUGAAAUUAUUGAAAAGUUACCGCAUAAAAUUAACGGUAAAAUGAAUGAUUACGUAAAAUUAUCGAUAACCGUAUCACAUUCAGGUCAAAAUUGCCAAUGGUUCUUUAAUAAUCAACAUUUAAUCGAAAAUAACGAUCACUACGAAGUAAAUAUUGAAGGCAAUAUUUGCAGUUUGCUGAUAAAAAAUUUAUCUUAUGAUCAAACUGGUCGUUAUUCAGUAAAAAUAGAUUCUGCAGAAACAUCGACUGUUCUAACCGUUGAAGGAGCACCAAUACUUGAUGAAAUCGAAACCACUGUAACAACGCUAGAUCUUGAAUCACAAGAUAAUUUAGUAAUAAUGAUACCGUUUAAAGCAGUACCGGAACCAACGUUAGAAUGUCUUUUUAAUAAUGAAAAUAUUUCGGGCAGUUCAAAGGUACAAUUGGAUACUUUCAACGAUAAGGCAUGCUUCUGCAAACGUAAAGUAGAUAAAAGUGAUGCCGGCGAGUAUACAAUCAAAAUCAAAAAUGAUUAUGGCGAAGUUUCACGGACAUUUUCUGUUAAUAUCAAAGAUGUACCGGGAGCUCCCGAAAACGGACAUAUCACAGAUAUUGGCAGUUCCUGUGCGACAAUUCAUUGGGAUGCUCCAAGCGAUGAUGGUGGUAGUGCUAUCACAAGUUAUAUUGUAGAGAAGAGAGAAGAAUUCAGAAGAGCUUUUCAUCGUGUUGCUCAGGUGUCGAGUGAAGAAAUGAAUUAUUAUAUGGAUGAUCUGAAGAUGAAUGCGUCCUAUAUAGUUCGAAUAGCAGCCGUGAACAAAUAUGGAGUUGGUGAAUAUUUAGAAUGUGCUUCAUUUCAAACAUGCCUGCCAUUUAAGGCACCAUCUGUGACACAUCCGCCAACUAUCAGCAAUGUUACCGAUCAGAGUUGUACAUUGAAAUGGCAAAAAGUAACGGAAGAUGGUGGUUCGCCAAUUUAUGGAUAUGAUAUUUUCGUACGAAAAGAUAAAGGUGAUUGGGUGAAAGUUAACGAUGAAAUGAUAUUCACUGAACAGUUCACUGUUUCAAAUAUUGAAAUUGGAUUAACUUAUGAGUUCAAGGUGGAAGCAACAAAUGAAGCAGGUCUUACAUCGAAUUCAGAUAUCAUAUCGGAACCUUUUAUAAUUUCCAAAACAGCAGAACUACCGAUUUUGAGUUUACCGACAGUAGAAGUUGUCGGAGAUGCGGUUCGCUUACAGUGGACUGACAUUACGGAUGAGAAUUGUAAUGUGACAUCUUACGUAAUAAUGUACAAAUCGGAAAAUGCAUCAUUUUGGUCGGAGAAGGAAGUAGAACAUUCACCUGCGGAUAUAACUGGUUUGAAAGAGGGAUUAUCAUAUCUAUUCAAAGUUGCACCAAGAAGUGGCCCAACAAUCGGUGAAUUUUCUGAGGAAACAAUACCGAUACGUGUAGUUGCAGCCAAAAAACCUGAAAUAACCAAAGGUAUCAAAGAUGUUUCGGUUUCACGCAAACGUGAACUUAAAUUGGAAUGCCAUGCAACUGGAGAACCCACUCCACAAUACAUCUGGUAUAAGGAUAAUCAGGAAAUCGUUCCAGACAACGAAAAUAUUGAGAUUGUCAGUGAAGGCUUUAUGAGCGCUCUCGUGAUUCAUCACACAUCCACAGCAGAUGACGGUUUGUACAGAUGCGAAGUUGUUAACGAUCAUGGUUCAGCAGAUUCGGAAGCCGUCGUCACUGUCACUGAAGUUCGGGCACAUUUUGUCUCUUCAUUCUCCGAAUAUAUUGAAGUUGACGAAGGAGAAGAAAUUGGAUUUUCAUGUGAGCUCUCUGAUGCUGAUGCUUCUGUUGUUUGGUUAAAGGAUGGCAAACCGCUGCCAUCCAACGACCGGAUAAUGAUCAAAGAGGAUGGCGUUGAAAGAAAACUUACCAUUAGAAAUGCAGUGCUUGAAGAUAGUGGUAAAUAUGUAUGUAGCACGAUUGAUAAAAAGACUCAAACUGAAGCGGAAUUAGUUGUUAGAGAGGAACUACCACAUAUCAAGAGAGGUCCACAAGAUCAGAUUGUUAGUGAACUUGAUACAACCAUUGUGUUGAAAUGCGAAACUACUAAGCCAGUAAAAAUUGUGAAAUGGUUGAAAAACAAAAGAGAAAUUUGGUCACGACAAGAGAAAUACAGCAUGAAUGUGAAUGAUACCGUAGCAACAUUAACAAUUAUGCACUUUGACCUCAAUGACUGCGCCGAAUAUAUAGCAGCACUUCGCGAGGAGGAAGAAAGUGCGCCAGCUAAAGUAGAGCUUAAAAUACCACCAAUGAUCAAAUUAUCAAAACAUUUACCAAGCAAUGUACUGAAAUUACAUUGUGGCACUGAUUUCGAUAUCGAAUUCGAUUAUGAUGGAUUUCCUGAGGUCGAUAUUAGGACAACUAUUAACGAUAAACCAUUGAAUAAAAUGAGAUCUCGUAUGCAUACGUAUAAUAAUAAGCUAUCAUUACGUCUCAAAAAUAUAAUCCAGGAUGAUUCAGGUAUUCUGAAAGUUGUGGUAGAAAAUGAAAAUGGAAGUGCAAGUGAAGAAAUUCAAUUGAAUGUAAUCAAUGUACCUUCUAAACCACUUCAUUUAACAGCUUUCAAUAUAACAAGUCGUUCAGUGAUGCUUAAAUGGGAAAAAGCAGGAGAUAAUGGAUCGCCAGUUACAAAUUAUAUCAUUGAAAGGAGAACAUCGGAUAUCAAACGUUGGCGUAAUGUUGGAAAAUGUGAAUCGGAACAAUGUGAAUUUCUUGCUGAAGAUUUAUAUCCGAACGAAAGCUACUCUUUCCGAGUGAUUGCUGUGAAUGAGGUUGGUGAAGGAGCACCAAGCAAUGUAGUUGAUGUGGUGACCGUAAAUGAAAGUACUGCUAAAUUGGAGGAAUCAACAAAACGUCUGUUAACACCUAAUAUUUUGAAAGGAACACUUAUUGAGGAUGACAAAAUUGUCCUAAUUACAUGGGAAAAAGUUGAGGAAGCUGAAGAAUAUAUUAUUGAAAGAAUGAAAUCAGAAAAUGAUUGGGAGCAGACUGGUAUAACAGCAGAAUCGAAGUUCGAAGAUGUUUUUGAUGAAAGUUUGAGUAAAAAAUAUCGUGUUACUGCAAAGAAGGGUGAUCAAUUAUCUAGUCCCAGUGAGGAAAUCGAGAUAGUAACCAUUCCCGAUCAGAAAAAGAAAAAAAUAGAGAAAUCAAAAGAUGAGACUAUUGAAAUGUUUCAAGAAAUUUCUGAGACGAUCGAGAUGGAACGACAGGAAGCAGUGAAGCAAAUGUCUGAAAAAUCUGAUGAUCAGGCCGAACGGGAAAAAGCAAGUAAAAAAGUUAGGACGAAGAAAAAAGAAGAUAAGCAGGAGAAGAAAGUUGAAAUAGUAGAAAAAUUAGAGGAGAAACCUGAGGAACAGGAAAUUAAAGCUAACGAAAAAGCAGAAAUGGAAAUAGUGACGAGAAAAAAGAAACCAGAAAAAAAACAAGAAGAGAUUGAAGUUGGAAGAAAGACAGAAAACGAAUUCAAACCUCCCGAAAAAGUAGCCGAAGUUGAGGAAAAGAUUGAAUCAAAAGAAGUUGCUAAGAAAAAAGCCCAGGAAACGAGAAAAAAAGCAGCAAAGAAGAAAGAAAUUCUCAAAGAUGAAGUUGAAGUAACUGAUAAUUUUGAGGAGGAGAAGAUUGAAGAGGAAAAGAAGCCGGAAGUAGAAUUCGAUGGAGAAGGGGGAAUUGGAUUAGUAAAGAAAGACGGGAAAGCAGAAGCUGAAGAAAUGUUGAAAGAAAAGCACUUAGAAAAAAAACUGAAAGAAAAACCGGAGGAAAAAGUGGAAAUUGAACAAAAAACAGAAUUAUUAGAAACUGUGAAAGUUGAAUUUGGAAAGGAUUCUGAAGAAAAGGAAAGUGCAAAAGAUGGAAAAUUGGCAAAGAAAAAGAAGAUAACGAGCAGGCAUGAGCAGAAGGAAACUGUAGAACAGAAGUUAGAAGGGUCAAUUUUACAAGAAGUGUUGUCCAAUGAAUUGGUCACUGAAAAGAAGAAGGAGAAGGAAAAAGAAGAAACAGUAAUGCGGAGGGAAAAGUUAGAGAUGAAAUCUGUCAAUGAUUCCGUAACGGUUAAUUAUGGGACGAAGAAUUUUGAAUUGAGCAUAAAUAUUAGCGGUAAUUUCGAUGAGUGCUUUUGGAUGAAAGAUGGAAAAGCAAUUGAUCAGAAGUUAGUGAAAACUACGGCAAAUACCUCAGUUUUAUGCCUUGAAAAUGUUGACGAAUUAACAGCAGGACUGUAUCACUGUACGGCAAUGAAUAAGACAGAGAAAGCAAGUGCUGAAAUUUGCGUUAUUGUUACAGAUAAGCCCAAAAUUGAAUUUGACGAAACUACCGUUGAAGUAAAAGCUGGUGAAAUGUUGAAAAUUCAUGCAAAUGUUACGGGAUUACCCAUACCAAUUUGCAAAUGGCUAAAAGAUGGUGUAGAAUUGAAGACAGAUGAUAAUACUAUCAUAACAUUCCAAGAACAUGUUGCUGUUAUAACAAUCAAAAAAGCAACUAUUGAUAAUUCAGGUCAAUAUAAAUUAAUUGCGGAAAAUACAUGCGGAAAACAAGAAGAUCAGGUUAAAGUGCUAGUUAAAGGAGCUCCAUCUGCUCCAGUUGGACCAUUACAAGUGUCUAAUGUAACAAAUGCUUCAUGUAAACUUGCAUGGAAUCAUCCAAAACAGGAUGGUAAUAGUAAGUUGCUCGGUUACUGUAUUGAGAAACGCGAUGUUAAGAAAUCAAGUUGGGCAUUCGUUACACGUAUCACAACAACAACUGCAACUAUAACUGGUUUAACUGAUACUACAAAGUAUUACUUCCGUGUUGCAGCUGAAAAUGCUUUCGGUACUGGUCCAGCUUUAGAAAAUGACGAACCUGUACAACCUAUAAAAAUUACUGCAACUGAAAAGCCGGAAAUUAAAAAAGCACCGGAAAAAGAAGCUGGUCGAGUAGGUGAUAAACUUAUACUCAGUGUAGAAUUCACUGCUAAACCAGUACCCGAUGUUCAUUGGUAUAAAAACGGUAAAGAAUUAUUCAAUGAUGUGGACAAUACUAUUACGAAAAUGGAUAAGAAAUCAGUACUUACAAUCAAGAAACUUGUUGAGGAUGACGAAGGAGAGUAUCAGGUUAUUGUGGAAAAUGAAGCCGGUAAGGCACAACAUAAAUUUAAUGUAGAAGUAAAAUCGGAACCAAUGAUAAUUGAUGCUGAUAAAUAUAAAGAACCGCAAGUUUUCGAUAAAGGUGAAAACGUCAAACUACAACUCGCUUUCACUGGUUAG